CUCGCACGCACAGUUGUGAAUGAAAAGACAGGUUUGGUAAAGGUUAUGAUAAAAAAUUCAAAACACAAUUAGUACCACCAUUCACAGUUCAGACAUCUCCCCGGCUCGCCAUCCGCCGUCCGGGUACAAAAAUGGGCAGCAACUCGUCAGAAGCCGAGUACAAUGCCUUCUUGAAGAAAGUUCAAAGGACAAUCUAUGUCGACAACUUGUCCCCCCAAGUUACUGAAAAGGUCAUGAGAGCUGCUUUCGAGCAGUUUGGGGAAGUGGUCAGCAUUCAAUUCAUCCCAAACUAUUUUGAGCCGAAAAACAUGCCUGUAGCCGCAUUGGUGGAGAUGGAGAGCCCAAAGCAGGCUCAAGCUAUAUUGGGCCAAAUGGAGAACUACCCCUUCAUGGUGUUGGGCAUGCCCAGGCCCAUCAGGUCCCGGCCCGCUAGGGCAGAGAUGUUUGAAGACCGCCCAAGAAAACCAGGACAGAGGAUCGUGUGCCGUUGGGUGGGCCCAGAGGAUCCGGAUUUUGAGGUGGCUAAGAAACUGAAGAAUCUCGCGAAGAAACACGAGGCUGAGGCAUUCGUGUUGCUCGAGCAACAAAGGGCGGAGGAGGAAAAGCUAGCAAAGCAACAGAAUGAAAUACUGAAUGGCCAUUACAAGAAGUUUGAGCUGCUGGAAGGUGUGUUUUUGGACGGGUCUGCUAAGAAUUUGGGACAUCAGUACAACUUGCCUCUUGCAGAUACUUGAUUAGUUUUCAUUUCUAUAUAUGUUGCCGAUGAAUAGACGAGCCUAAGUAGGAGUUCGAGGUUUUUGAUUUAGGUGGUUGGUUGUCUUUAAGGGCUUUAUUCCUUUUACCUUAUAUCAAAAACUCAAUCAAAAUGUAAUUAUCUCCGAGAACAAAAUGUAUGUUAUGCUUAAUAACGUUAGUUUGAUCUGUAUUAAUUCUGCCCUUUAUUUGAG